AUGAAAACGUCCGGUCCCACAACGCGCGGAAGCGGAGGCGGCAGCGACACUGCUGCCGCCAGCCAGGCUACGCAGAAGGCGAUAGGCUCGCCUGGAGCAGGCCCUCAGGCCAAAUCGCACCAGAAGUCCCGAGAGAAGAGCACAGUGAUCGCGAAGGCCAGGGAGCUUUACACGGCGCAGUUUCCCACCGCCUUUCCAAUGGAGUCCGAGCUUUGGGGCAUGGACCACUCGCGCGACCACUGGCGAAAGUGUACCGUCGUACAUGCGCGAUCGAGGUUUCCCGACAAGGACGUCACCGAACUCGGGCCCAAGGACUAUGAUUACUACAUACACUGGAUUGGAUCCGACCGCCGUUUGGACUGCUGGCUGAACGUGGAAGACAUACGCACGAUGGAGGAGGGACCGGAGCCGGGACAGGCUGUUUGUCACGACGUCGAGGAGGAGACGCACGACCACGCCGGCAUGGACGAGGAGUACCUGCGUGAACACGAGAUGAACACAAAGUUGAAAACCAUCCAACGCAUAAAACUGGGGCCCUAUCUCGUUGACGCAUGGUAUUUUUCGCCGUACCCAAAGCCAUACCAGAAUCUGGACACGCUCUACAUAUGUGAGUUCUGCCUGCUCUUCUUCGUUCACGAAUCGGAGCUGCAUUGGCACACAAAACGCUGCGAACUAAGGCACCCUCCGGGAAACGAGAUAUACCGCGACGGGAACCUUGCCAUGUUCGAGGUGGAUGGUGCUCUGAGCAGCGUGUACUGCGAGAACCUCUGCUACCUUGCAAAGCUGUUCCUCGACCACAAGAGUCUGCGCCACACCGUGAACCUAUUCAUAUUCUACGUCAUGACGGAGUUUGAUGACAACGGUUAUCACAUCACGGGCUACUUCUCCAAGGAGAAGCACAGCACCAACAACGUGUCGUGCAUUCUGUCACUUCCACAACACCAGCGCAAGGGCUACGGCAAGUUCCUCACCGCUUUCAGCUAUCUCCUGUCGAGGAAGGAGGGCAGAACCGGUACCCCUGAGCGGCCGCUGUCGGACCUGGGACGGGCGUCCUACAUGUCCUACUGGUCCGAGGUGCUCCUGGAGAUACUCUUUGAUCCCAAACUCGAAACAGUCUCCAUACAUACGCUCUCGCAGAUGACGUGCUUCGAACCGGCUGACAUCAUCAUGUGCCUUGAGGAGCUGGGGCUGCUGCACACCCUCUCCAACGGCACAUCAGUGAUCACCAUCCUCCCGGAAAAGAAGAACGAGCUUAUGGCCAAGUCACGCACCAAGACAAGGAAGUUGUAUAUGGAAAAGCUGCACUGGAUACCCUAUGAUGCUCACAACGAGGCUACUCCGGUGUGA